AAUCCUUUCCUUUCCGAUGGCGAAGGAAAACGAAAAAAUAAAUCUAGAUGAAAGCUCUGAGAUCUCGAAAUCAACAUCCAUCGCCAUCGAAGACAUCGACAGAGAAACCCUGGCAGAGGUGACCACAUACCUGAAGACACGCGCCGGCAAAAGCUCGAACGAGGAGAAAGAGAAGUCCGACCAGGAAUUUAUUUCCGACAAGGAUAUCCAUGAUCUCUUACAGUUGCUUCCGGCCGUGGCCUACCUCAACGUAACAGGGUUACGGGAAAUGGUAGAACAGAAGAUAGCUGAUACGAUGGAGGGUAAAAGCGUCGCUUGGAUUAGGGAAGUUUUCGGCCUUACAAACGAUUUGGAUGUUGAAGAUGCGGCCAGGCAAAUGAACCCCUGGGCUUUCAAUGAUUGA